UAAAUUUAAUUUAAUUCUAAAUGACACAGAGUGAUUAGGGUAAUGACCGUAACCAUGAAUUUCAUUAUUUGUUUUGUUAAUUCUUGAAAUUUUCGUCGUCUUAUUACAAUGAAUUUAUUUUUAAGUUUGAUUACCUAAAAGUUUCUGAAAGUUUAAACAGAUAGGUGGUAUAGAUAUAUAUCUAUAUACUUUUUUUUUUGCCAAUAUUUAACGAUGUCAAAGUUUCAUGCAACUGUGCGUGAGUUGCUAGAAGAUGUUUAUUGCUUUCUCGUUGACACUCUUCAAAAAGAAGCAAUUUCUAAUCCGUCCAUUGUUCAUAAAGAAAAAUUGUUAUCCCGUUUACGAUCUUUGGAGAAGGAGUAUCCUGAAUUGCAUCUCAAUUUUGAAAAUUUCGAUGAAUCAACUGUCACAUCUGUUCGUCCUACGUCCAGUCCUUUACCCUAUGUGGAUAUGAAUGGGGGAAGUCCUUAUAGAAUUCCAUUUGUUCCUGCUAAUGCAAAUGUUGAAAAAGAUAGCUAUGAUCUAUGCUUUCCUACUAAAGACAAGUCGGAUGCUGCUGAAAUUCAGUCAGUUACAGAAUCUGAGGGUUAUGUUUCAGAUGAAGUUAGAAGCCUCCCAGAAGUAUCCGCUAGUGAGUUGUAUGCAUGUGAGAAGUCUGGAUAUCUGGAUAAAAAGAAAAGAGAUAGCAUAAAAGGUUGGUUAAAUCCCUUCCAAAAGCGUUGGUGUGCCAUCAAAGAUGGUGUUCUUUAUUAUUAUGAGAAAACUACUGACCGAAAACAAAAAGGAAGUAUUAUUCUUUCUGGUUAUGAAGUUAGAGCUGUUCUAGAGGAUAAUAAGGAUGGGAAAAAAUACAACUUUUGUUUUGAACUAGUGUGCCCAGGGCGAAGGACGUACCAAUUUUCUGCUCCAUCUGAAAAAGACUUGCAACAAUGGAUUAGUGUGAUUGAACAAAACAGUAGAACUUUAAACCUAGGUAAAACAUUCAAUAGAGAUUCUCAACUUUCUCCUUCUGCAGUGAAAGAGUUAGAUAUGAACAUUAUGUUGGAGGACAUAGAAGAUAUUUAUGAAACAGUAGAAGAAGAAGAUGAUUCUCAUUUACAAUCUGAAAAGAAAGAAAUAGAAGAGAGUUAUAAUGAUGGAAAUGUUUCACUUGUGUCUAGUGAUGAAUCAAGCCAAAAUCAAAUUUUUAACUAUAAUGAGUGGUAUGUAGGUUUGUGGGAUUGCUUUGGAUCUGAUGAAGAUGAACUAAGCUUUUAUCGUGGUGAUCUGAUUCAUAUUGUUAGCAAAGAAUAUGACAAUUAUGCUUGGUGGAUUGGAGAAUUACAGGGUAAAGUUGGAUUUGUACCCAAGUCAUAUUUAAUGGAAGCAAAUGAAGCUUGUUAAAUCUAUCUAUCUAUAUUUUUAAUGUAUUUGUAUAUUGCUUUUUUUUUUUUAAAGUAUUGUUGUAAUAUUUAAAAAGAGGUUAAGUAUUUUACUUUGGAUCUAAUGACAAAGAGCAAAGUUUUUGUGAAGAUGAUCUGAUUCAUAUUGUUAGCAGAGAAUGUGAAAAUAAGCUAUUUUUACUGUUGUUCAGUAAAUUUUAAAAUCAUUGAGGACAAUUUUGUCCCCUAAUAGUUUUAUCUUUUUCUGAAUUUGAUCAUUUUUUUUCUGUAUUAAAAUGAGAAAUUUAAAUGCAUGACUAAUAUAAUCAUUUGUUUUUUAAAAUGUUGUAGCUAUUAUAUUUUCUCAAAUGUAAUGUAUUAAAACUGCCUUGUGUAUAACUCAACUGUUUUUGACAUUGUUAAGAGUAUUAUAAUUGAAAACUAAUUAAUUCUCAUUGUGCUGUCAUACAACUCCAAGCAAUUGUUAUGUAAAAUUAUCGAUUGUUAAAGAACCAGAAAUUUAGAUAUUUUAAAGAUCUUGAGACUCUGAAUACAAUUUUUAAUACUUUUAAUCAUGAAAAAUCAAAGGCCUUCAUAUAACUCUAAACAACUCUUAUGAGAAAUGGUCAAUUGUUAAAGUAACUGAAAUUAGAUAUUUAAAAGAUCUUAAGACUCUGAACACAAGUAAUUAAUACUUUUAAUCCUAAAAAACUAAAGGUUCUAAAAAUUUUCCCCUCUAAACCCUCUUCAUAUAAAUUUAGUGAUUCCAUGACUUUCCUCUUCUCUGAUGGUUAUAAUAUGAAAUUUGAAGAAUUAGUAAAACUUUGUCAACUAUUAAUAUUUAUAUCUCUUAACAUCUUCAUUGUAGCCAUCAGAAUUGAGGUUUGUUAUUGUUUUACCAAUAGAAAUUCAUUUAUUUUGAUAGUUUGCUUUAACGAACUUAUGUCUACUUAAAAAAAUUUGUCUAACAGUUAGGGAACCGUUGCCAUAAACUAUCCAUUUGACGAUGAGUAUAUAUGCAUAUAUAUAUAUAAACAAAUGUAUAUAUUGUAUAUUUCUGAAUGCAAUCCCAUCCAUCUAUAAGCCAAAGAGUAUGUUUUUAAUUUGGAAAUUUAAAACUCUGAUAUAAGCCGACGUAAAGAAAAAAUGUGCCCCUUUCUUGUGGUAAUAAUUUCAGAGUAGGUAAAAAAAAAAAGCGUGUAUCUUCCGAAUUUAUAUUUCAAAAAUUAAAAAACAAUAGUAUUCUUUUCAAAUUGUCCUUUUUAUGUGUUUCUUUUUCAAUUUUUAUAUUUAGGCAUUUUGAUUCCAACUAUCUGGAGUUUUUCGAAGUUAGUGGAUUCAAUUAUAAGCUCACACCCAACUUUUUCUUUUCGAAAAUUUUCUUAAAAUUCUCGUCUUAUAUUCGGAAGUAUGCAGCAUAUAUAUGUAUGUGUGUAUUUGCAUUCACUUUACCUUUUUUGAAAACCUCAUAAGUCUGCAUAAAAUUUUUAUUAAAAAUAGUGCUCUAUAUUUAUUUUUGGGCAAAGAGCAGCAUAAACAUGAAUGCUGGAAAAGCAAUAAAAUGCAUUCCUAAGUAUUCAAUUAAAAAGAGAAGACAAUGGGUGUUUUUAUGGACCCUAUGCUCUGGCAUCUCUGAAUACACUUAAAAAAAAUAAUAGAAUACAUUGAAAUCAUUCAAUGCUAGAUUGUGUUAGAUUAUGGCUCUGUUUAAAAAAAUUUUGUUCCAAAGAUGUAAAGGUUCACUAAGUUAAUUACCUGCAAGAAUUAUGUAAAGAUAUUUAAAUUUCUUUUUUGGAAUUUAAAUGUUUUAAAUCUUGAAAUGAGCUUUUAAGUUAAAGUAUCAAAUUUCUUAUUGCUAUCUGUUUAUUGUGGAAAAGAUAUAAAAUAUAAACUUUGAUGCAUAUUAAAAUAAUAAAAACUACCAUUUGUUAUUUA